AUGCUGCUGCCGGCCUUCCGGCAGCUGCACAAGCAGACGCUCGAGCGCUCGUGGACGGGCCUGCUGGCGGUUGGCGGCUUCUUCGCGAUUAACAUAGGGGUCAACAACGCAUCCCUGCUGCUGGUGUCCCUGUCGCUCAACCAACUGAUCAGGUCGACUGUCCCUGUGGUUUCGUGCCUGAUUGCUGUCCUGGGGGAGGGCAAGGCCCCCGGUUUGAACGAAACGCUGGCCCUACUCAUGCUGGUCGUGGGAGUGUUUGUCGCCUCGUUCGACGAGGUCACCAGCCGGCAAAACCUCGUUGGCGUGGCGCUCUGCCUCGUGGGCACGAUCAGCAACGGCCUCACGGCGUCCUUUUCCACCCGAGUGAUGAGCGAAAAGGUCGACGCGCUGCGGCUGACAUUUUAUGCGUCGCCCGUGGCCUGCCUCGCGCUGCUGCCCUUCCACGCGCGGUUCGAGUAUGCCUCGCUGACGGCUUACCGGCUGCAGGCAGAGUCUAGUUACGUUGGGCUGCUGCUGUUAACGUGCGUGGUCGCCUUGGCCUACAAUGUUAGUCACUACUUGGUCAUCCACGUCACCACCCCGACGGCGAUGACGAUAGUUGGGGAAAUGAAGAUUGUGCUGGUCCUCCUGCUGUCUGCAAUCAUGCUGGGCGAGGGAGCGAUCUGGACCUUCAAAUUCGUCGCAGGCGGCACGCUAGCUAUACUUGGGUUCUGCCUUUACUCUCACGAGCGGUUGCGGGCCGCACAGCUCUCGUCAGUGCCGGUGAUCAAAGGGGUGCCGGAGCUGACGCCGCUGCUGCGCCAGCCCGGCGGCGGCGGCGGCGCAGUGGGGAUGAUAUCGAUCGGGACGGCCUCAGGCCUGCGGUUGUCUGACAAGGCGGCAGCGGACGCAUUUGGGCGGCGGCCGGGGGGACCGGGGUCGGGGCUGCUGUAA